AGUGUCAGAAGAUUUCUUCACUACCGGCUGUAAUAGUCACAAACACAAAUACAGACAGCAGAGAGAGAAAGGCCUGUAGGCUGUGUAUUAUCCUCUCACCGUCAUCUCCUCUCCGCCAUAAUAACGGGUGCAUGCAUGGCAGAACUGUUAGGAUACAGCGCGGGUUUUAAGCAGGUGUGAAGUGGGGAUGUUGUGAGGGAGUGUGUGUGUGUGUGUGUGUGUCGUGGUGACGGGGUGUGCUGUGAUGUCAGGUGACAGCAGCACAUUGUCUUGGAAGGUUGUGGAGACCUAUGGCCAAUCAAAGUCCUCGGACACUUCCCAGACGACGGUUGCUGGGGACGGCGGUCCAACAAAGAUCAUCAAAGUGUGUUUCACCAGCAACAGUGCUAACCUGGGGAAGAACUUUAAACUAGUCCGUUGUCAUGAGGGCAUGACUGUACGGAAUAUAAUAUCAGCGGUGUUGUCCAGUGGAUGUGUGGGUCCAGACAUACAACAUACCCUCUGCUACGGCCUGCUGCUGAAACACCUGAAGUCAGCUGAGGUCCAUUGGCUGCACCCCGACCUCACCGUGUCUGAACUGCAGCUACGCUACGAACAACAGCAUCUGGAGGCAGAGUGGAGAUAUGACCUGCGCAUUAGGUACGUCCCUGCCGACUUCAUAGAGAAGUUUAAAGAGGACCGAACCACACUGCUCUACUUCUACCAGCAGGUGAGAAGUGACUACAUGCAGCACUAUGCCAGUAAAGUCAGUGAUGGGAUGGCCUUGCAGUUAGGUUGUCUGGAGAUCAGGAGGUUCUAUAAAGACAUGAACCCCAAUGGACUGGAGAAGAAGUCCAACUAUGAACUGUUAGAGAAGGAUGUAGGACUGGGUCUGUUCUUCCCCAAGGAGAUGACUGACAACAUGAAGUCGAAGGCUUUGCGUAAGAUGAUUCAACAGACGUUCCAGAGGUACUCGUGUCUGAAGGAAGAGGAGUGUGUUGUGAAAUUCUUUACCACGCUGGCAGACUGCUAUGACUACAUACAGGAGAGUUUCACCUGUCAGUUAGUGCAAGGCUGGAGUCUGACGGUGGACCUGGUCAUUGGCCCCGAGGGGAUCCGCCAGCGUGCAGAUAAAAACUCUGUGCCUGUCUGCUUGGCCAGUUUCUCUCAGGUCCGCAGUAUCAGAUGCUCUCAGCAGAACGAUGGCCAAGCGCUGCUAACAGUUGACAUACAGGGAGCCAAGCAGCCUCUGUCGGUGACCACGGCCUGUCUUGCUACAGCUGAAAACAUGGCGGACCUGAUAGACGGCUACUGUCGACUGGGAACCUCCUCUGAUACCUCCCUCAUCAUCACAACUAACAAAGAGAGAGACUCCAGUUUCGCCCUGCCUGCUAUCCCUACAGGAGGGAGUAAAGAUGUCCCCAGGAAGAGUGUAAACAACAGACGAGGUGUAGGUUCAGACAUCUACGCUGAGAUCCCCGAGGAGAAGCCAGACUCUGGGUGCAGGUAUAGCCUCUCCAGAGAUGAAAUUUACCUGGGGCGUAUCCUGGGCGAGGGCUUCUUCGGAGAGGUGCAUGAUGGAGUCUACAAAAGCCCGACAGGGGAGCGUGUGCGUGUAGCUGUAAAGACAUGUAAAGACUGUUCUGCUGAAGUAAAGGAGAAGUUUAUGAGUGAAGCUGUGUUGAUGAAGACUCUAGAUCAUCCUCACAUUGUACGUCUGAUCGGGGUCAUUGAGGUGGACCCUGUGUGGAUCGUCAUGGAGCUGUACGAGCACGGAGAGUUGGGCACCUACCUUGUGGAGCAGCAGAGGUCUCUGACCAGUGUAACUCUGGUCCUGUAUAGUCUACAGAUCUGUAAAGCCCUGGCUUACCUGGAGGGGCUGAACAUGGUACACAGAGACAUAGCUGUGAGGAACGUGUUGGUGGCGUCUGCAGACUGUGUCAAACUGGGAGACUUUGGGCUGUCCCGUUACGUAGAAGAUGAAGACUACUACAAAGCUUCUCUUAGCAGAUUACCUAUCAAAUGGAUGGCUCCAGAAUCCAUCAACUUCAGACGCUUCACCACAGCUAGUGAUGUCUGGAUGUUCGGGGUGUGUGUGUGGGAGGUGAUGUCCCUAGGUCAACAGCCGUUCUUCUGGUUGGAGAACGGGGAGGUGAUCAACCAACUAGAGGGUGGUGUCCGUCUGCCCAAACCCUCCCUCUGUCCCCCGACCCUCUACACACUUCUCACACACACCUGGAGUUACGACCCACACACACGACCCUCCUUCACACAGCUGGUCUGCAAGCUCAGUGAUAUUCAUGGGAUGGAGAAGGAGCAGGAGGGAGAGAGGAAGAGACAGAGAGCUCGAGUCAUGACACCCUACGACUCCAAGACCACUGAGCCCCCACCCAAGCCAUCAAGGAAACCUGGUUUCCAGAGCAACACCCUCAGGCCUGGCAUGAGAAUACAGCUACCUGGGUCUCUGUGUGCCAGCUCUCCUGUCCUUGCUAGCCCCCCCAGGGCCUGUGAUGUCACCACAGCCUAUCCCACGUCUCCACGACGAUGCAGUGUCGGGGAGCCAUGUGGGGUGGGGGAUGCGAGGUCUGUCUGGGAGAGGGACAGGGUGGAGGAUACUCUUCGUAGACAAAGAGAGGACAUGCUGACAGACAGCCGGUGGCUGGAGCAGGAGGAGAAACACCUGGAUCCUGUGCAAGUUCAACAGGAGUUCAGAACAGCUACGCAUGAGGAGGAGCCAGCAGACCAAGCCACACCUCCUCCAGACAAACCCCCAAAGGCCUCAGCUCCACAGCCUACAGCCACGGCAGAGCUCGACAGGACAGAUGACCAGGUGUAUGUGGGUGUCAUGGCGAUGGUGAGAGAUGUGGUGAAACUGAAGAAUGAUGUCAACACACUGCCCCCCUCAGAAUACCCCAACGCUGUCAAGGCCGUGGGGUUAACUCUUCGUAGUCUGAUCCGUAGUGUUGAUGAAGUUCUACCAUCACUGCACAGCUCUGCCAGAACAGAGAUCGAGGGAACUGAGAGGCUACUGAAUAAGGAUCUGGGGGAGUUAAUCGCUAAGAUGAGAUUGGUCCAGCAGAACUCUGUGACAUCACUGAAGGGGGAGUGUCAGAGGCAGAUGUUGGGCGUCGCCCACACCUUGGCCCUGGACUCCAAGAACCUUCUAGAUGCCGUGGACCAGGCUAGGAUUAAAGCUAACCUGGCCAAGCCAUAAACCACACACACACACACACACUUCACUUCCUUCAUGUACCUUAUAGAACAUUUUACAGAUGCUGAUUUAGAUUUUCAGUAAGACAUUUAGCAGAGCUUGUUGUCCCUAUUUGAAUGUAAUUCUAUAUUUUACUGUUUGGGAUUUUUUUUACUGUGUUUUAUUGUAGAUGUUUGGUACAGAGAGACAAGAGAGAUAGUAAAUAAACUGUGUUUCAUCAUGGUAA